GUGUCUGAGCAGCUCGUUGGACGUGAAGCUCAACCCGCAGUAACCGAACCCAGCAGCAGCAUCUGCAUGAACAAUGAACCGGUUGACUCGGGAGGAAACGAUUUGAAACGGACAUGAAUGGAACAUUUGAGGAGUGUCGAGGUGAUGGAAAUCUACCCCAGCAGAGAUUUUUUUUUUUUUUCGGGAUUUGUGGGGUGUGAAUGACCUCUAACGGUGCAAGGGAAUUAGUCAUUUGUAAUACUUUGUUGUCUUGAGUGCCAAUCCUCUUACGGAUUGAUAGCAUUACAUUGGCGUACUUGUGUCUGUGCUUUUUAAUGAACUUUCACCGUAACCAUUAGCUAGCCUUCAUAUCUCACCGUAGUAUCUCCAUUUAUUCAUUCACAUUAAUGUCUGAUUGUUAAAUUGUCUGCUAAAUCGUACCAAAGUGCUGAAUAGUUUCAGCAAACCAAUUAUUUGAAAAAAAACAUUUUUAUUGUUAUUUCUGAAAUCAUUGGUGCAUCACCAGCAGCUUCAUACAGCAGAUCGCCUUCAUAUUGAUCACAGCACAGCUCUGACUUUUGUCUUUGAGACAUUUGCUGGCACAGCAAGCUGCUCGGUGACAUGAGGUGGCCAUCUGUUAUGAGAUCCUGCUUAAACCUGCGAGCAGAUUAACCAGUGAGAGGUCCAAGGCAUCAGAAAGGCAGGACGUUUGUGGCCCCGGACUCUUGUGUUGGACGAAGACGGAGAAGGAGGGAUGCUGAGGGCCACUGUCGGCUGUGUGCAGGAGAGAGACGAGGAGCAGGAGGAUGAAGGUGAAGAAGAGUGGAGGGAUGGAGGGGUGCUGUUCUACGUCAACAGAGGCGGCCUCCCAGUGGAUGAGGAGACCUGGGAGAGGAUGUGGCGCCAUGUGGCUCGUAUACAUCCUGGUGGGGAGGCUUUGGGGAAAGAGAUCCGGGCUGCCACUGACCUUCCCAAGAUUCCAAUACCAAGUGUGCCUACGUACCAACCUACCACCACUGUCCCACAGCGACUCGAAGCCAUACAGAAAUACAUCAGGGAAUUGCAGUACAAUCACACAGGGACACAGUUUUUUGAAAUCAAGAAGAGCAGACCUCUUACUGCGUUGAUGGACAUUGCUAAAGAGAUGACACGGGAGGCUCUGCCAAUCAAAUGCCUGGAGGCGGUGAUCCUGGGGAUUUACCUCACCAACAACAUGCCCGGAGUGGAGCGCUUCCCCCUCAGCUUUCAGUCUCACUUCUCAGGGAACCACUUCCACCACAUCGUGCUGGGGGUCCACAGCGGCGGGCGCUUCGGCGCACUGGGCAUCAGCCGCAGGGAGGACCUCAUGUUCAAGCCCCUGGAGUUUAAGACACUCAUGGACUUGGUGCAGGAGUUCGAAGGAGCCUACAGGGGCUACUGGCACACUCUGCGUAAGGUCAGGAUCGGCCAGUACGUGUCCCACGACCCUCACAGCGUGGAGCAGAUAGAUUGGAAGCACUCGAUACUCGACGUGGACAAGCUGACCAAGGAGGAGCUGCGGAAGGAGCUGGAGAGACACACUCGAGACAUGAGGCUGAAGAUUGGAAAGCCUGCACCGCCCUCUCCCACCAAAGACAGGAGAAACAGCAUGGGUUCACCCCUUCGAGGACAGAGCAGCCCCAUACGCAGAAUCAGCCGCGUUGAGAGACGUCCCUCCGGAGAGAAGAAGGUUCUGGAGCAAAAGCCGUCCACGGACAUGAAUGGAUACCAGAUUCGAGUCUGAAAGGAAUUCUAGUUUUAGUUUGGAAAGUAACAAGGUACCAGACAUUUGUCUAACAGGGCCGCUGAAUUACUCUGAGGCUGAAAUAUGUAUACAAACUGGCCUGUUCACUGAAUGCAUUGUUGAAUAGGUCACCAGCAGCUUCCCCUCUAAAAACAAAUGCCUCAUUGAGCGUCCCUACGUCUGUGUUAUUUGAGGCUUUCUGGAGCACUUACUGCAGACUAUAAUUGGUGCUGGCUCGGUUCCCAAACUCUAAAGAAAGGGGGACAAAAAAGUGCAGUACUUUGUAAACAUUUUUUGGUAAGUCUUUCCGACUCGUUCAAGAGAAAUAUGACUCUUUCCUGACACUUGGCCACCACCCAGUGUAAUCAUGCUACCGGACAUAUCGUAGGUAUCUGUGGCGUUAUUAGUUCCACAAAAGCUCUUACUGCUCUGCUCGUCUGCAAUCUGUAUCGUCGUACUGUAAGUGUGCAAAUACAUGUAAUGUAAUUUGAAGUCCACUUAGGCUCUGCUGGGCAGCAACUGCUUGUGUAGUGACUAGUUUGCAAACCACUACCCUUGUGCCUUGUUUGAAAAUUCAAAGAGACUUGUUUUUUCAUCUAAAACCCUUUACUCUCGUUACAUAACUGAACACCCUGCACUUCCUAAAUACUGUAAAUUAAUCAAAGAAUUCACGAGAGUCGUUUUUUUAAAUUGUCAUAUCAAGAUGCUAGCGUGUUUAGCUAGCUAUCACUGAUCGAAAUGGUGACCGGUUAUGGAAUUUUUGCAUCUGUUGACCUUUUUAUAUGACAAUUGUUAAGGUGAUUUGUGGCAAUCGAGCUGACUCGGCUCAUCUGCAUCUAAUUUAGAUGUAAAGAAAUGGAAGUCAGUCAGUAUGUACUGUAAACGGCUUUAUAAAUAGUUGUUUCCUGAUUUCAUUUGUAGCAACGUUCUCCAAUAGUUCUUGCCUUAAAUGGUAUCCAAGCAACCGACUUCCAUUCAAGGAGUAAAGACGUUUGUUUGCAGCACUUUUAACGGCAUUUUGUAUUUUUUUUAAAAUAUGGGAUUCUGCCAUUUUAUACUACAUUCAGUGUUGAUGAUCACCAGUGGAGCACUUCAUAUUUACCACAAUGUGUUUGGAAUUGAUUGACACAAAGAAAAAAACACUCGUAUGUGUUUGGUACUGUAGAUGUCCACUUUUAUUUCAGUGCUGUAAAACACAGUUGUUUUGUACCAAAAGACUGUUAAUUUACAAGAUCAAAAUAAAGACUCACUCUGAUUCUCA